CCGCCCCCGGGCCACGUGACGGGGCGGACCGCGGGGGGGACUCCAGCUCCCAGCGUGCUCAGCGCGGCGGUGCGGAGGCGCUCGGAGCUCGGCGCCCGUCGUGCCGGAUGCUGCGGAGCCGCGCGGCGACGGUGACAGCGGCGGUGACGACGACGGCGGCGCGGCGGGGCUCCGCCAUGGCCGAGGGCCCGGUGGCCCGCGCCAUCCGCGCCAAGCUGCGGGCGGCCCUGCAGCCCACCCACCUGCAGGUGCUCGACGAGAGCCCCCGGCACGCCGGCCCCCCCGGCGCCGAGAGCCACUUCGCCGUGGUGGUGGUGAGCGGGCGCUUCGCCGGGCUGCCGCCGCUGCAGCGGCACCGCCUCGUGCACAGCGUCCUGCGCGCCGAGCUCGCCGGGCCCCUGCACGCCCUCGCCAUCGUCGCCCGCACCCCCGAGCAGUGGGGCGCCGACCCCCACGUGCCCCCCCGCCCCGCCUGCCUGGGGGGGGCCAAGCACGAGCGCCCCGGCGGCCCGGCCGCAUCCUGACCGCCCCCCCGUCCCGGGACAGGACUGCCGCGGCAUCCCGGCCGGCGCAGCCCCCGGCGUCCAGACCGCUGCGGAUUGGGGAGAAUCGGGGCUUUUCCCGCGGUUUUCGGCCGUUUCUCUCCGUUUCGCCCCGAAUAAAGCGCUCGUCCCGCCUCGCCCAAACGCACCGCUCCGAGCCCA